AUGGCUUCCUCAACAAAAUACCAUUUCAUUUUCUUGCUAAUCACAUUUCUAGUUACCUCCGAAACGUGUUUAGCGUCUGUAAACUUUUCACCAGUCGAUGGAAGUCUCUUGUUCUCACAAAAACAUGUUGUGAUAUACAACACAUUGAACUCACAUGACGCAAUGGUCGUGCAUUGUAAGAAUAAAGGGGAAGAUUUGACAUUUCCUGCGAUCCAAUCUCAACAAAGUGUAGGUUUCAAGUUUCGUGUUAAUCUUCGUCGAACAACAACGUACACUUGCACAUUUACGUGGCCAGGAAAUGCGAAGACGUUUGAUAUCUUUAGAGCUGAUAGAGACGAUAAUUCAAAAAGCAAAAUUGGAGUUUGUAGUGAAUGUAUUUGGUAUGUAACUGAGUCAGGUCCAUGUCGUGUUAGACGCGAUGGAGGGACUCCUUACUGUUUUCCAUGGCCGUGA